GCCAGGGCCAACCUUAACUUCCUCUGACAUCAGUAAGACUAGGUUCUCACACAUUCUCCAUGCUUGACAUGAACAUCAUGGAGCCAUGUAUCUCCAAGCAGCCGAAAGUACUCUCAUGGGAUGACUACCUGAAGGUCGAGGCCGAGGCCGAGGCAACAAUCGACAGGAAUCAGCUUGAAAUCAUCGAGACCCCAUAUGCCAGACAUUACAACAAUCUAGUCGGUGGUUCACGUGUUCCCCGGACACAUCUUGACAUUUGUGUUCCGAAAAAACAGGCUGAAGAUCCUCAGCAAGCAGUAUGGCUCGUCUACAUCCAUGGAGGAGCUUGGAGAGACCCCAUGAUCGAUCGUAAGAGUUUCAACACUGCUCUGGAGUUGCUUCUCAAAGAUGACCGACCACACAACAUUGCUGGAUUUGUGACUCUCGACUAUCGCUUGUCACCCUAUCCAACACAUCCGACAUGUCCAUCUCUACCAGGAGAUCCAAGUCGAAAUGUACAACAUCCAGUUCACGUCGAUGAUGUCUACAACACUCUCGUGUUGCUCAUGGAUAAGACUCGACGCGACAUGUUGUUCGACAUUGAGAGAGGUGGCGCGUUCGGAUCUCCGGACCUUGACGGCAUAACGAAUGGCCGCUACGUUCUCUGUGGUCAUAGCUGUGGAGCAUCGAUCGCUGUGCAGGCUACCGCUCUGCUUGCCAAUGGUGCCUUGCGGCCACCAGUGGCAUUGCUCGGGAUAGAAGGCAUCUACGAUAUACCUGCCCUAGUGGCCACACAUACACAUCCAGCCUAUCGAGAGUUUGUCACAGCUGCUUUCGGCGAAGAAGAGAAGACAUGGGUCACGGCGAGCCCAGCCAAUAUUAGCUUGAAAAAGUGGGAAGGCAAUGUCAUGCUGGUCCAGUCUAACGUCGAUGAGCUGGUAGAUAUGCAGCAGACCGACUCCAUGGUUGAAGCACUCGUCAUGGGAGGAUGGCAACGUUCAAGCUCGACUGGGAAGGAGAACAAAGGCAAGCAAAUAUCAAAGGUUGUCAUCAACUGCCUGCACGAUGAAGUAUGGGAGGAGGGUACAGAGUUGGCAAAGGCGAUUCGGGACGGGACUGACAAGUCGUGGGUAACGCCAGCAGUCCAGAGGAUGAGAACCACUGGGGUGAAAAGUUGAGGGACUGCCAACAAAUGGCUGAAGGAGCCAAUUCACGAACUGAUUAAACAUGACGCAGAAUUGUAAUGGUCCGAUGUGAGCAGUCAUGUACAUAAUGCACACC